AUGUCCUACGUUUUGACUGAAACCUCAGCUGGUUAUGCUCUUUUGAAGGCAUCCGAUAAGAAGAUUUAUAAGUCUUCUUCCUUGAUUCAAGAUUUAGAUACCUCCGACAAAGUUUUGAAAGAGUUCAAGAUUGCAGCAUUCUCCAAAUUUAACUCAGCUGCCAAUGCAUUGGAAGAAGCUAACUCGAUUAUUGAAGGUAAGGUUUCUCCACAAUUAGAAAAGUUAUUAGAGGAAAUUAAGAAGGAUAAGAAGUCUACUUUGAUUGUCAGUGAAACCAAGUUGGCCAACGCUAUCAACAAGUUAGGUUUAAACUUCAACGUUGUCUCUGAUGCAGUGACGCUUGACAUUUACAGAGCUGUUAAGGAAUACCUACCAGAAUUACUACCAGGGUUGAAUGAUUCUGACUUGAGUAAGAUGUCUCUAGGUUUAGCCCAUUCCAUCGGUCGUCAUAAAUUAAAGUUCUCCGCUGAUAAGGUUGAUGUUAUGAUUAUUCAAGCUAUUGCUUUGUUAGAUGAUCUAGAUAAGGAAUUAAACACAUACGCCAUGAGAUGUAAAGAAUGGUACGGAUGGCAUUUCCCAGAACUGGCUAAGAUUGUUACCGACUCUGUCGCUUACGCCAGAAUUAUCUUAACUAUGGGUAUUAGAUCUAAAGCCGCUGAUACUGAUAUGAGUGAAAUCUUACCUGAAGAAAUUGAAGAACGUGUUAAGACCGCCGCUGAAGUUUCCAUGGGUACAGAAAUUACACAAUUAGAUUUGGAAAACAUCAAGUGUUUAGCUGACCAAAUUGUUGAAUUUGCAGCUUACAGAGAACAAUUAUCAAACUACUUAUCAGCAAGAAUGAAGGCAAUUGCUCCAAAUUUGACUCAAUUAGUAGGUGAAUUGGUUGGUGCUAGAUUAAUUGCUCAUUCUGGUUCUUUGAUCUCCUUGGCUAAAUCACCAGCUUCCACUAUUCAAAUUUUAGGUGCUGAAAAGGCUUUAUUCAGAGCUUUGAAGACUAAACAUGAUACACCAAAGUACGGUCUAUUGUACCAUGCUUCCUUGGUGGGACAAGCUACCGGUAAGAACAAGGGUAAGAUUGCUAGAGUCUUGGCUGCCAAGGCUGCUGUUUCUAUACGUUAUGAUGCUCUUGCUGAGGACAGAGAUGAUGCCGGAGACAUUGGUUUAGAAUCCAGAGCUAAGGUGGAAAACAGAUUGUCCCAAUUGGAAGGUAGAGAUUUGAGAACUACUCCAAAGGUUGUCCGUGAAGCCAAGAAGGUUGAGAUUAGUGAAUCUAGAGCCUACAAUGCAGAUGCUGACACAGCUACUGUUGAAGCUAAAUCUUCUGACUCCGAUUCUGAUGAUGAAGAGGAAGAGGAAGAAAAGGAAGAAAAGAAGUCCAAGAAAGAAAAGAAGGAUAAGAAGAGAAAGAGAGAAGAAAAUGAUGAUGAAGAAAAGGACUCCAAGAAAUCCAAGAAGGAGAAGAAGGAGAAGAAAGAAAAGAAGGAAAAGAAGGAAAAGAAAGAAAAGAAGGACAAAAAGUCUAAAAAGGAAAAGAAGGAUAAGAAAUAG